AUGGCUUCCAUAACUGUAAUUGGCGCUUCUUCCACAUGCAAACUCCCCUCCCUCGAACUCUACAAAAAGCACAAACUAACUUCCAUUUCCACUUCCACCGUUAAACUCCACUCCUUCGACGCUAAAAACUCCCGCCACGUCAGUAACAGCCUCCUUAGACAUAACCGUCUCGCCAAUUUCAACUCCUCCGAUAGGUUUCUUGCUUCCGCCGUCGCUACUCCUAAUUCGUCCUCUUCUUCACUCCUCAGCGACGAAGCAUUCCAAGGACUAGGCCCUGGUUUCGACGGGGAAGAAGAUGAUGAUUUUCCCUCACGAACUGCUUCUCUAAACGCUGAUGAACUUGACAUUUCGAAACUUGAUUUGCCUUCGCAACUUGUUGAUUCGCUCCGUGAGCGUGGGAUUACGCAGCUUUUUCCUAUUCAGAGAGCGGUGUUAGUGCCUGCACUGCAAGGUAGAGAUAUCAUUGCUCGUGCAAAGACGGGAACAGGGAAAACAUUGGCUUUUGGAAUUCCUAUUAUUAAUGGUCUCGAUGAUGGCGAGGAUUCGGGUCGAUACAAUAGCAGGCGUCUUCCUAGAGCUUUGGUACUCGCACCUACCAGGGAGUUAGCAAAGCAAGUGGAGAAGGAGAUAAAAGAAUCGGCACCUUAUCUCAAAACAGUUUGUAUUUAUGGAGGUGUUUCUUACGCUUCUCAGCAGGGUGCACUUUCACGUGGUGUUGAUGUGGUUGUUGGAACGCCCGGUAGGCUGAUUGACCUCAUCAAUGGGAACACACUUAAUUUGAGUGAAGUUGAGUAUUUGGUACUCGACGAAGCUGAUCAAAUGCUUGCUGUUGGGUUUGAGGAGGCUGUGGAAGUCAUUUUGGAAAAGCUUCCAGCUAAGAGACAGAGCAUGCUUUUUUCUGCAACCAUGCCUACUUGGGUGAAGAAAUUGGCCAGGAAAUAUUUGGACAAUCCGCUGACAAUUGAUUUGGUUGGUGAUGAAGAAGAAAAACUUGCUGAAGGGAUAAAACUUUACGCUAUAUCAGCCACUACCACUUCUAAGAGAACAAUUCUUUCUGAUCUUAUCACAGUAUACGCAAAGGGUGGGAAGACUAUAGUUUUUACACAGACAAAAAGAGAUGCUGAUGAAGUAUCAUUGGCAUUGACAAAUAGUAUCAUUUCUGAAGCACUGCAUGGCGAUAUAUCUCAGCAUCAGAGAGAGAGAACAUUGAAUGGUUUCAGACAAGGAAAGUUUACCGUGCUUGUUGCCACUGAUGUGGCAUCUCGCGGACUUGAUAUUCCCAAUGUUGAUUUGAUUAUCCAUUACGAGCUUCCCAAUGAUUCCGAGACUUUUGUACAUCGCUCUGGCCGUACUGGCCGUGCAGGAAAGCUAGGUUCUGCCAUUCUGAUGUACACAGGUAACCAGAGAAGAACAGUUCGAUCCCUUGAGCGCGAUGUAGGAUGCAAAUUUGAAUUUGUUAAUGCACCAUCUAUGGAGGAUGUUUUGGAGGCAUCUGCCGAGCAAGUUGUUGCCACACUUAAUGGAGUCCAUCCUGAGUCUAUUGCAUUUUUCACCCCAACUGCACAGAAACUGAUUGAAGAAAAAGGAACAGAUGCCCUUGCAGCUGCACUGGCACAGCUGAGUGGAUUCUCCAAACCUCCGUCUUGCCGGUCUCUUAUCACCCAUGAACAGGGAUGGGUUACAUUGCAAUUAACUCGAGAUUUAGAAAAUUCCCAAAGAUAUUUUUCAGCAAGAUCAGUCACCGGGUUUCUUGCUGAUGUAUAUUCCAAAGCCGCUGAUGAAGUUGGAAAAAUACAUUUAAUUGCAAAUGAAACGGUUCAAGGAGCUGUUUUUGAUCUUCCAGAGGACAUUGCUAAAGAGUUACUUGAGAAGGACAUACCAUCAGGAAACACUAUUUCCAAAGUCGCUAAGUUACCUCCUUUGCAAGAUGAUGGACCUCCAAGUGAUUUCUACGGGAAGUUUUCUGAUAGAGAACGAAGUAACCGAAGAGGUUCAAGGGAUGGUAGAGGUUUCAGAUCCUCAAGGGGAUGGGAUGGAGGUCGAGGCUCUAAUGAUGACUUUGGUGACUCAAGGAGGGGUGGCAGAGGUGACUUUGGUGACUCAAGGAGGGGUGGCAGAGGUGACUUUGGUGAUUCAAGGCGGGGUGGCAGAGAUGACUUUGGUGAUUCAAGGAGGGGUGGCAGAAGUAGUUUUAAGUCUGGCAACAACUGGUCCAAACCCGACAGAAGCAGCGGGGAUGAUUGGCUAAUUGGAGGAAGACAAUCAAGCCGGUCUCCAUCAUCACCUAACAGAAGCUUUGGAGGUGCCUGUUUUAGUUGUGGGCAACCUGGGCAUCGGGCGUCGGAUUGUCCAAACGUCUAG